AUGCAGAAGAAGAAGGUUGUCUUUGGGGCGCAGACUAAAAGUGUGGGGAAGCACAUGGCCGAGAUAAGAAACGAUGAAUCAGCCGGGUUAUGUUAUAAUCCGAUAUCGACCGGCAUACUGCGGGAAGCCAGGAUUUCCCGCGAAAAGCCGCUGCAUGUCACCUCCCACCCGGGCAGUUCUUUGGAUGUACAUUGGUCCCCUGAGCUGCGUUUUGAUAGCAUAUUUGGAGGAGUUACUUUCUAG